GGGCUGCCCGGCUAAGCCGAGCAAAGGGGCGAUUUCUGCUAUAUUCUGAUACCAAUUGAAAAAUGGAUGACGAUGACUUUGGAGGAUUUGAGGCAGCAGAGAGUUAUGAGUUUGGAAAUGGUGAAAAGCAGACUACUUCCCCUGCUAUUGCUUGGGCAGCAUUUCCUACAGUAUCUGAAGUCCAUAUAUCUCCUGAUGUUCUCCUGGAGCACUCCGUGCUGUCUUCCUGUCUGGUUCCUACUGACUCAUUCAGUUUAUCGAGUGAUAAUGUGGCAAAAGCUAUUAAAACAGCCACCAAUGUUACAAACCCUGCUGUUCCUGAAGAACAGAUUCAAGCAGAUAUUCCAGUUGUGUCUUUGAAUGUAAUCGAAGACAACGCUUCAGUUACAUCAACCACUGCUUUAGUUGAUGCCGAGACACAGAGAUCAAAUGAACCAAAGAGCUACCUUCAUCAAGCUCUUGCAAACCUAAAAAUCAAGCUCUGCACUGCUGAAGAAGAAAAAUUAAAAAUCAAAAAGGAAUUAGAACAUUUAUUGGAAAAACACAGAAUUCUAGAAAUGGAUUUCUUGAAGGAAAAAAAAGAAAAAGUAAUUUCACAUCAAGAUCACUACAAUAUGCUCCAGGAAAAGCAUAAGCAGGAAUUAGAAGACAUGAGAAAAGCUGGACAUGAAGCCUUGGGUGUUAUUGUUGAAGAAUUCAAGGCGCUGCUACAGUCUACAGUUCAACAGCAAGAAGCAGCUAUUGAAAAACAGUAUAUUCUAGCAAUUGAAAAACAUUCACACAAAUGUGAAGAACUUCUUAAUACUCAGCAUCAGCGACUUCUUGACAUUUUGGAAGCAGAGAAGGAAGUAUUAUCAGAAAAGAUAGAAGAGGCUUUGAUGCAGCAGUCACAAAAACACAAGGAAGUACUUGACAAAUGUUUGGAUGAAGAAAGACAAAGAAGUAAGGAGGCUCUGGCAGCUGCUGCAAAGGCUGAAAAAGAAGUAGUGCAGGCAGCUAUUCUGAAAGCAGUAGAGGAGGAGAGGAGAAGUAUGGAGAAGAUUCAUGCAGAAGAAAGAAAAAUGUGGGAAGCAGAACGUGACAAAGAUAAAGAGAAGAUUGCCCAGGCUGUUCGGGAAGCCAUGCAAGAGCAAAAAAAGCGAAAUCAAGAACUUGUCAAGGAAGCACUAAUGGAGGAGCAAAAACGAAAUGAAAGGGCAGUUGAAGAAGCAGUGAAAAGGACAAGAGAGGAACUGAUGGAAUAUAUUAAUGAGCAGAAAAGGCUUGAUCAAGUUGUCCGUCAGAGAAACCUGCAUAGUUUGGAACUUUUCCUCUCAUGUGCACAAAAACAGUUAGGUGUUUUAUUAAAUGAAGAACCAGCCACUACAGAGGAAAACAGAGACUGACAUUCUCAGUACCGCUGAUACAGUGUGAUUGUGAAGUUGCAAAUCUCAAUACAGCAGAUGAUGAAUACAUUCUAAUCUUUUGGGAUUGUAUCGUUGAUUCAAGAUUGAUCUGAAACUAUGCUUGAUAGAAAUAUUUGUGGAUUAUAUUCUUUCUUUAUUUAUUUUACUACUAUUAUUAGAUUGCAAAUAUGGGACGGAAAAAUUCC